UCAACCUGGCAGUAUGGAGGAGUAGGACGCGCGAGCCAUUGGGUGGAGCAGCAGCAGCGUCGCGUGCUGCGGAACACAUAGGUCGUUAACGCCGCGCGCGGUUUGGUUGCAGAUGCAGGUCGUUGAGUGUAAGCGCGAGGCGGGGGGAAAUGGCGUACGGGCGCGGGCGGCGGUGCGCCUCAUUGUGAGGAUCCAGUGUUGAGACCCCAAGCUCGAGCGCACGCAGGCGGAAGCUCGAGGAAAGACAGGAAAAGUCGGGAGACGAACCAUGGACGAGUCCGAGCCCGCAGAGGACGGCUUGCUCGCGGGUUUGCGAUGGAACCGGAGUGCACGAGACCAGGCUCAGCUCAAACACAAAAUCCGGGAUCUGCCAGGACUACUGAAGCACGGGCUGCACCUGCGGAAGAAGAGCCAAUCGCCUGACACUAUUCCAGGACCGAGCACUGGACCUUCAGUAAACAAGUCUUGUUCGCAGAGUUUCCCAUGUGCUGGUCGGACUGUGAGGAAUGCCUUCCUCUCCAACGGACCGUACCCGGCCAAAGACAAGAUACACCUGGCCAGAAUCAUACGGCGUAGCUAUGUUGGGGUGGAGCUGGUGCAGUGGCUGUGCGAGCAGUGUGUGUACGUGCGCUGUCGGACCACCGCUGUGCGCGUCUGGCAAGUGCUGCUGGAGCUGGGAGUCUUGCUGUCAGUGGACCAGCGGGUGACGUUUUCAGACUCAAACUCUUACUACCAGUUCAGCUUUGAGGAAUGUGACUCCGCCUCCUGUGAGUUUCGCUCCAAUGAAGGGGAGUGGCCAGAGGCAGUUAGGCUCCUCCUACAACUCGCCCCAUACGUCCAGUUCCGCUCUGGAGGUGGAUCCAACAGCCCGUCAGAGGAGGACUCUGAAGGCAACAGGGACAUCUGCGGUGAGAUCCUCCAGAUGAAAGCUCUUGAGAGGCUCACUUCUACGGUACAAAGUGAGCUGGCAGCAGCUCUGGCCCGCAAGACUCGCAAAGCUUUAUCAGAGCAGGACUCUGAGGCGACAGAGACGAGCCAACAGGAGCCUCGCACGCCAAGCGAAGAGAGCAGCCCGCUGGGCGGGGUGUGUGCAUUGCGGGAUGCUGGCGGCAGCGUUGGUGGCGGUGGCGGAGGAGUGGGGACCGUGUGUGGGCGCGAAGACCUGACCAGCCGGCUCGGGCUGGAGGCCGUUCAGCGACUGGCAAAGGACGGCUGUCGGCUGUUGCAGAACCACAACUACAGGCUGCCAGACAGGAACCAGGCGGAGGCGGUCGGGAGAGUUUGUCUGAAGGAAAGAGGAAGAGACGUGUUGGUGUUGCGGAGAGUGACAUCAUCAGUGACGUCACCAUCGGACCGGCCUUCGCCCACAUCGUUGGGGGGCGGGUCCAGAGAGGAGGAUUGUGACAAGAGGUAUGUGGUGGUGUCGGGGACGCCACUGAAGAUCCUGGAGCACCUGCUGAGUGACCUGCGGUUGGACGACCAUAGAGGGGGGCCAGAGAGCAGGGAGAGCGAAAUGCUGCUGGAUGACUUCCUGUUGACCUACCUGGUGUUCAUGUCCACCAAUGACCUCUGUCAGGCUCUACUAGGACAUUAUAGCAGUGCUCGCUGCAGGGGCCAGGAGGAGGGCAAAGACGCCCUCUUCAGAAAGCGUAAAGUACUGCAGCUAGUCUCCCACUGGAGCAGACUCUACAAGGAUUUCCUCAAGGAUGAGGAGCACGUCAGGAGCUUCAUGAAGACACUGUACAGGUAUGUUUUAGAAGACUUGUACGAGUUCCCCACCCUCGAGAAAGACCUGAAGGAGUUCCAGAAACUUCUGCGCCGCAGACACACUGUGGAUGACUGCCCUCCUAACCAAAAGAGUAAACAAACGUAUCAGCAGUUGAGUUUGAAGGAAAACUGUUUACAGCUUCGUAGCCCACCAACAGAGACAAGAGAGGUUAUUUGCUGCGUGUAUGUGAGCGCUGACUCUUACCUGAGCGUUCAAACACACCACUCGCUGGAGGCCCACGAGCUGCUACGGAUCGUAGGUCUGAAGAUGGACAGAGCAGAAGAAGACAUGGUUCUUGCUGUUGUGUCGCAGUCUGGAGAGCGGAGGGUGUUACAGCCCAGUGACUGCGUGUAUUCAGAGUCUCUGACCCCACAGGGGAAGCUCAUGGCCUGUCGCAGGGACCUCACCGAGAUCUUGCCUCCUCUAACAGACAGUGCUGAGCUAAGCAGGAGAACGGUGCGACUCUUGGGUAUUAACACCUGGGAUGUGGCUGCUGCUCUCACACACCUGGACUGGAGCCUCUUCAAAUCCAUCCAUGAGCAGGAGCUGGUGUACUACACCCUCAGCCGUUCUCCUGGAGGUGGCCACACGGCGGCGCUCACAGUCCUGCUGCAGCGCUGCAACGAGGUACAGCAGUGGGUCAUGUCCGAGGUGCUCAUGUGUGUGUCACUCAACAAGAGAGUACAGCUGCUCAAGAAGUUCAUCAAGAUCGCGGCGCACUGUAAAGCCCAAAGAAAUUUGAACUCUGCGUUUGCCAUCAUCAUGGGUCUUAACACAGCAGCUGUCAGCCGACUGAACCAAACCUGGGAGAAAUGUCCAGGGAAGUUCAAGAAGCUUUUCUCUGAGCUCGAGCUCAUCACGGAUCCUUCUCUGAACCACAAAGCCUACAGAGAAGCAUUCAAGAGGAUGAAACCUCCCAAGAUCCCUUUCAUGCCGCUUCUUUUGAAAGAUAUCACCUUUAUCCAUGAGGGAAAUAAGACCUUCCAUGACAACCUGGUCAACUUUGAGAAACUGCAUAUGAUCGCAGACACAGUGAGAAUGAUUCGCCACUGCCAGAGCGACCAGCCGGGUAACGAGGUUAUUGGGAACGACAGUGUAGAGGUGAGGGCGAGCGUUCACUACCUGCACAUCAUCGACAAUCAGCAGACGCUUUUCGAGCUGUCACACAAACUGGAGCCACGCGCUUAAGGGCACAUGCACACACACAUACACUUACGUGCACAAAGACACUAGACAAAUGCUAGCACCUUGUACGUGUGACGUGGGGGACGCUUUGUGAAGCAAAAUGUGACACACUCAAGUGUACAAAGCAACAAAAUAUCACUACCAGCAGUGGUGCCACAAUAAGAAGGUGACAUUUAUUGUGACAAAAACCCAUGGAGACACAGAGCUGCCUAUUUGCUGAUGUCGUGUGGACACCAAACAUGGACAAAAAGUAUUUGUAAAGGCCUUCGAAACCCAAGAAGAGAUUCUGUGCAGCAAGAUGGAGGUCUGCCAAACUGAGACAGAGGAAGUUGUAACUAGUUUGUACAGUAUCUAUUGGGCUGAAUAUUCCCUUGUUUAUGUUCCUGUGAUGAGCUUUUUGUUAUUUAUGAGCCGUUAAAGCAGGUGUAAUGUUUCUUUAUUUCUGUCAAAGUCUCCUGACAAGAGUUUAACAGCAUCUUCAUCACUUCAGCUACAAACAGAGGGUGACCUUGUAACCAGGGCCCAUUUGUUGAAAAUCUUUAUCCUGGCUAAGAAUUCUCCUGAUUCGGAGGAUCUGCUUUUUUGAUAUCCAGGAUCAGGUAAUCCAGCUCAUUUUGGCCACUUUCUUUAAAAGGACAAAACAUUUAGUAUUAUACUAAUCCAGAUACAGACUUUAAAGGAAUACAAAAUCUGGAUUACCAGUGAUCUAAACAUCCUGAAAGAUCCUGACUGUUGCUUUCAAUUAAACAUUUCAUGUUCGAUAUCAACAGCUGUUUGGUGAAAUGUUUAUGGGGCGAAAAUCCUUUAUUUUGUCACAACCCUAAUGUCUAAUAGUUUUACUAUGUCACAUUUGACAUUUUGCUAAUCAAUUCCAAAAUGAUUUUAAAAGUUAAUUAAAAAUGUUUUUCCUCUAAUUCCAUGUCAGUGUAAUUCAGCCUGAAUCCACUCCUCUUGGAUCAGGACAAUCCACAUUUUGAGGUCAGAGUUUUUCCAAUCCUGCACUGCAAAGUCUUUAACAACACCUACAUGAGGUUUUUAUCCAGAUAUAAAUCAAGAUUGGAUUAACUGAUCAUAUUCAUUUUCAGAAUUGUUUUUUCUUUCAGCAACCCCUCGUCAAUGUUUAAUAUAAUGUGGUAGCUUUAAUCUAAUCAGAUGACUUUUGAACAACUGGGCCCUGAUAUCCAAAUCCUGCCCCACACAUGGUCUUGUAUGAUUCUAUCAGCAUAUCAUAAAUCGGCCUUUUAGUGCAUGUAUAUGUGUACAUGCUUACAGUUUGUUGGUGUUUGCUGUGAAGUUUCUGCUGUGGGUUCUUGUGUAGUACUGUAUUAUGUAACACAAGCAGCAGCCUGUUCUGAAGCAGUACAACACUUUAACAUACCUACACUUUUUUUAUUUUGACCUUUUUUUUUUCUCACUGAGGCUCCGUCUUAAAAGUGCAGCUCUACAGUGUAUUGUAUCUUUCGAAUUCAGGAAUUAUAUUGCCAGUAUAGUUCUCUUGAGUGUGCAAAAGUUCAAACACUGUUGGUAAAUAGUGAACAGCACUUGGUUCUUUGUAUUUUAAAGUCCUGGUUGACUUUUAUUUAAACUCUCCUCGUGCGCUCCUCUCUCCGAGGUUUUUGUGGGAAUAGAUAAUCAUUAUUCAACAUUGUAUAUAAUAUGGACCUAUACAUUUUUUCAGUGCCAAAUGUCACAUUGAGUCCUGGCUCUUUGUUUAAAGAUUAGUGUCUUUUUUUAAAAUAUCAGACACUGAUUUCCUUGAACAGGAGAAGAUUCAGAUCUGCCUCCUCUCAGAGAAGCUUUCUGACAUUAUGAUGACUGAUUGCAGGAUGUGUGAUUGUAUUUUGGUUGAUAUGAAAACACAUCCUCAUCAUAGAGCUCUUUUUUCUUUUCCUAUAUGAAUCCUUACAUUUUAUUACAUGAAGAGAUUAGUCAAAGCAACACAUCUGAAACUUUGUUUAGACAUACUGUAGCUUUAUUGGACACAAUGAACACACACACUAUGGAAGCACAAGGACAAAUACUUUCUUUGUAGGACUCUGGGAGGAUUUUCACAGCUUUGCUAUUACCCAUUAUUAAUCCUUCUCACUCAUAACAAUGAUUCCCAAUAUUCUUGCCCUCUAACUACAUAUUGACUGGAAAAUGUAUCUGUUUCUGAACAAAAUAGGUCAACAAAUUCUGACGACAAUUCUUUCAUAGCCAUGGCUGUGAAAUGUAAAAAACACCUGUUUGUUAUUCAAAUCACUGAGACCAACCUGCUUUGUUAUGAGUCUGUCAGUAUGGAGUCACAUGAAAGUGUUGAGUAGAAUCAUAUUCAGUAGUAGUGAUGAAGAUUAUUACAAAUUAAGAUAUGAAACCCUCCCUUUAGAACCAUGAGCAGUCUUCAAAUCGUGUUAGUUUGUCGUCUCCUUGUAUCAGCAGUACAUUUGCUGGGUAAACUCCAGUGAGAUUCUUAUGUGUUAAGUUGUGAUGCAAGCCUUGCAUUGUGUUUGCAGUUAUAAAACAUGAAGGGUUAAGUGCAAUAUUGAAGAAAUGUUGUUGCCACGUUAGUUUAUCCUCAUUUCAACUCUUAAGCCAAUCAGAGCACCGAGCUGCUCUCUCCUGCAGAUCAGUACGAAUCAAAUGGAGGACUGAAAUGUCCAAUACAUUUCAGAGACACAUUGUUUUUAGUUAUUUUCAGAAAAAGAAAAAAAAUCAAUUACCCCGAUGUGACUGACUGAUUUGUUAAAUUUUUGAAUCACUAACUUGAAUAACUCUUUCAAGACCGAUGAGGUCCUGUUGUUUUCACAAACCCUUCCUGUAGAUUCUCUGACACUGAAUAUGGAGCCAGAUUUGAGGUCACAGUCAUCCACAUCGAUAAGCUGAAGCUGAAAUGCUAUUUGAGCAAGUUGAAUAUUCAACUUUAUUUUGGAUGUGAAAUAUUUUUAUUGCCCUGGAUUUAAGACUACAAACUAUUCUUGAGAUUGUUUCCUACCAUGAGUUAUUUAAAUCCAAAUAUAUCACAUGAACCCUUUAUAAUAGGAAAGAUAUCAUUGAUUAAGAACCCUCGUCAGUCAUUCUUUGACUGCUGGAGCGGUAAAAUCAGGGCUAUGGGUUUUUUUUUUUCAAAGUCAACGAUAAAGAAAAAGGCCUUUGGUAGUCUUUUUUUUUUAACUAUCCUGUACAUGAUAAACACACGUUCAAAUCAGAUUAACUGUGCUAUUCUCAUAAUUUAUUGUAGUAUAUUGUUUAUUUAUGUAUUUUUGAGGUGACAAAACUACAUGUGCCAUGUUCAGAGGUUCAACAAUGUCAAAGAGCUUUCUUUAGCAGAAAAGAUGAAUGGGUUUAAAAGCUUCGAAACUGGAAUGUAGAACUGCUUGUUCUGUUUUGUGGCCGGUAGAGGGCAGCAGAAGAGCAGGUCAGUGUGAUGAUGCUCACGUUUGUUCCUCUGAUGCUGACUUCUGUGAUGGACAGGAACUGACAGGGAGAUGUGUUCGAAGUUUUAUCUGCUGUUGUCAUGACUGUAAAAUUAGGUUGUUGUUUUUUUUUUAAAUUAAAAUAAUGUUGUUUAAAACCUUUUUGCAUGUUAAAAACAAAACAAAAAAACUAACAAAGUUCACAAUGCAAGAGAGGACACAUUGAAGGCUUUGUACUAUUGUAAUAUUGUUGAUGUGUAAAUAUAUGCCCACGUUUGGUAUGUUGUUAUAAUUUAUGGGUUGUAAAUGAAGAAAAUAGUCAACCACAAAGCAAUACGUGUCCCCUCGUGUCCCCUCGACCCUCAGACAGCUGAAGCCACAUGUCUUUUCUAAAGCUGUGUUUUACUAUGUCGAAUUUGACUGAAACAAAUAAAUUAUAGGUUUUAUGUGA